GCCAGGGGCCAGCUGCCUUUGAUGAUUUUGAGUCAUCACUCCCAGCAAUCAAUCAAUCAAGCCCCGAGCAAGCAAACGCAGUCACCUGCUGCUUUUCCCCAACACUCACAGUUAUCCCACAUCCACGACGACAUUGACAACAAUUCUCAGUGCAGGUCAUGCGAAAGCAGUCUCCUCAAGCGCAUCAAGAACCACUCCACUGCUUGCGAAAUAUAUCUUAGUUCUCGUGUCAAAAGAUUAUUGCCCCACUCACGUCUUUGCCCUCCAUUGGCAAAACACGACGGUCAAACAUUUCCCAGAGCGAAUGACACAUCGAUGUCAACCGAGACAAUCCAAAUCCUCUCGCUCACCUCCUCCAAGCUCCUCCUCACCGCCUCCACCUCCUCCUCGCCCUCAAACUCACCCCCGCUCCACCGCCGAGUCCUGCUACAGAACCUGCUUGCGACGGCACGGAAGGCCUGGGACGCCGACUUUGAGCGGGAAUGGAACGAUAGGGACUCGGCCGUCGAUGUGAGGUGGGAGGAUGUUGUGGAGGAGGGUGGGGAUGGGAAAGGUGUGGAGGAGGAGUUUGAGCAGGUUGUUGGGGGGCGGGAUACUGCGGCGACUGGAGCAGGAGAUGAAGGAAGCAGCAGGCCACGACGGUCGAGUCAGUUACAAACCGAGGCGGAUGUCCUGUUGAACGACUGGCUAGGCGAUGCGAACUUCUUCACAUCCCAGUCGAGUCUCGGAACAUUCCACGACAUAGAGCUGCAGCCGCGACAUCAAGCUCCGCGAGACGUCGAUGACCCGGACGACGAUGGCGAUAUUUUCAGCAUGGAUAUGGCGGAACCAGACGCCACUCCUCCGCCGCUCAGCGUCGUCGAGUCUGUGGUGCAACAGCCGUUGAUGACUGAAUCACAACAAUACCGGCCGGAGAUCGCCACCGCUGCUGAGCCAGAUACCAUGCCGGGCAUGGGAGAAGCUACCGUCUCUCCGGCCCCGUUGACCGAGGCCAAUCCGCUGGCGGAUUCGGCGGUAUUUCCGGAAUGCGAGAAGAUGAUGGAAGAUCUAUUCAACUUUGAAUGGCGUAUUAGUAUAUAGUUUGGGCUGGGCCUUUCGUUUCUGUAGUUAGUCUUCUGCUGGGUCAGUCGUAUCCUGAAAUUCUCAUCUGAUCUCUUUUUUUGGUCCGCCGUGCGUGUAGUAGUAACAGGUUGACCUGUUGGUCCAAUCAAUUGUACAUAAUGUCAAGAAGGAGUUUGAACGUUCAGCGUGGAAAAAUAGUGUGUAUCGCCAGCGGUUGCUGCGUCAAAAUCA